AUGGAUGCGAGGUCUGCGAGUGACUCGACUCCCGAAAUAUGUGCGUUCUUUAACGGCAACAUUGCCAACUCGGCAAUCCGGGAUUCCUCCGGUGAUGACGGCGCUGGGGAGAUGGUCACUAUCCAGUACGACUUUGCGCGUGACGUCCACUCAAAUACCAUAUUUGACACCAGUGGUAGGAGCGCACUCGGAUGCGCGGUCAAUAGUCCGACACGAGCAUUGACGGACCCUGAAUGGGAUGGGAGCGAGGGAGAUUGGACCAAGGCUUGCUACGGCUAUGGAGCCGUUCAUUUCCACGGGAACGAUUUUGACGAUGCCGGCUGGCAGACGGAUUUUCGCAUCCAGAUUCCCUCUGUAGCCAGUCGGGAGCGUACUCCGUCCCGGGAUGAAUUCGACAAGUACGACGUCGCCAAUGGCACUCCCGCUGGCACGGUGGUCCUGGCGACUUCGACGGGCCAUUCGGAUGACUUUGGUAUCUUCAUCGAGGAUGUGGGCUUUCCGAUCCGGAAUACUCUAGGUAGUCAGACGCGUGAGAUUAGAUCAGAUAUGGUCUUAAUUUGA